AUGUUGGAAGGGUUUAUUCCAUCAAGCUUUAGAAAUUUCCAUAAUCUAUUAGAGUUGUACCUCAAUGACAAUAAACUAAAUGGAAAUAUACCUUCACAAAUCCUUCAACUUUCAUCUUUGUCCAUAACAUUAAAUCUUUCUCAAAACAACUUGUUUGGUUCACUUCCAACCGAGGUUCGAGACCUCAAGAUGUUGACUGCUCUGGAUUUAUCCGGUAAUUAUUUGUCAGGUAACAUUCCAAGUAGUCUUGGUGGUUGUGAUAGUCUUUCAUCAUUGUGUCUGAGAGGAAACUUCUUCCACGGUAUGAUACCACUAUCAAUAAGUUCCUUAAGAGGCUUUGAGGUACUCGAUAUUUCUCAUAAUAAUUUAUCGGGCCAAAUUCCCCAUUUCUUAGAACGGUUGUUUUUGUUAGGAUAUUUGAACCUAUCAUAUAAUAAUUUUGAAGGUGAAGUACCAACACGAGGGGUGUUCGCUAAUGCAAGUGCAUUCUCUAUAUUGGGAAAUAAGAGGCUUUGUGGUGGCAUUGUUGAACUCGGGUUACCAAAAUGUAAGGAUACAAAGAAACAUACCAGAAACCUUCCUUUGUUGGUAAUAAUCAUUUUGGUUGCAUCAACAUUUUUCACCUUAAUAUGCUUGGCAUAUGCUUGUUGUAGAAAUAGAAGUAUGACCAAACCAUCUCAAUCAUCAACUAGUGAACAAUUCAUGAAAAUUUCAUACAGUCAACUUCUCAACGCUACCAAUGGGUUCUCCGAAGGUAAUUUGAUUGGAAAUGGUGGGUUCAGUUCUGUUUAUAAAGGAAUCCUUGAUAAAGAUGAUGACACGUUUGUUGCUGUCAAAGUGCUACGUCUUCAAAAGCGUGGAGCACAAGCAAGAUUUAUGAGGGAGUGUGAAGUAUGGCGGAAUAUUCGACAUCGGAACCUGUUGAAAAUAAUAACUUCAUGUUCAAGUGUUGACUUUCAAGGAAAUGAUUUUAAAGCUUUGGUAUACGAGUUCAUGCCUAAUGGGAGUUUACAUGAUUGGUUGCAUUCAAGUAAAAGUACAUCAAGACUAAGCCUUCUUCAAAUGAUAAAUAUUCUUCUUGAUGUAGCAUCUGCUCUUGAUUAUAUUCACAAUAGUUGCCUACCAGCCAUUGUUCAUGGUGACCUGAAGCCUAGCAACAUUCUACUCGAUGAUGAUAUGCUGGCUCAUGUUGGAGAUUUCGGUUUAGCUCAAUUUUUUGGAACUCCAUACUUAAACAACUCAACAGAGAUUAGAGGAACAAUUGGUUAUGCUGCUCCAGAGUACGGACUCGGAAAUGAGAUGACAAGCAGUGGGGAUGUUUAUAGUUAUGGGAUAACAUUACUGGAGGUGAUGACCGGGAAAACACCAACUGAUGACAUCUUUAUUGAGGGCCUAAGUCUUCAUAAAUUUGCUUCCAUGGCCUUGCUAGAUCAUGUAAUCGAUGUUAUUGAUAUCAACAUUCUAAACAUUUAUAAAGAGGAUAAAAUGUCUAAGCAAAAUAAGGAAGCAAAUGCAAAGAAAAUCGAGGAAUGUUUGGCGUCAAUAAUCAAGAUUGGAGUAUCAUGUUCUAUGGAUUCCCCACCUCAACGGAUGAAUAUGAAAAAUGUUGUACGUGAAUUGCAGCAUAUUGUAGAUACACUUCAAAAUAUUUGA